UCUCGCGCGAAGCGCGCGUUUUGAUAUCUCUCUACUUCAGAGCAGUUGCAGUUUCAAACAAGUUCGAAACGGUUUUCAAGUAUUUUUCUCCCCUAGGCAAAAGUUCCUUCAUCCCAAUUCAUUUCAUCAAUCGAAUGGCACUGCACGUGAAGCCCCCCCGACCGUGAUCUCCAGAAAUACAUUACGCCGGCGCUCUAUAUAGAAUUCUGUGUUCUGCCAAGCCUCUGAUAAAAAAGUUCAGCCUAGAAUAUAGAGCCAUGGACAAUAUAGAUCUAGCUUUUUUACCGCGAGUUUCGGCACACUGACCUGAGAAAAUGCACUUGUAAGGAUUCAUUACCAGGCUCAGGGAAAUUUGAAAGAUUCUCUGGCGAGUCUGAAAGUGGUCGUCUACAGAAAUAAAAGGUUUAAUUUGAAAGGAGAGGCAUUAAAAUACAGCUCUAUAAAAGAAACAAAGAUUAUCCAAAUAACAAGGAAAGAUAUUCCGAGUCUUCUUUUGACUUUACAUAUAUGCUCUGAAUAGUAAUCAGUUCUGGAGUAAGCGAAAUUAUAUGAUAACAUGAUAACACUUCAUACAGAGAAAGCAAAUAAGUCUCAUAAAUGGGAUACGGGUCUACCGUUUAUUCGUUGGCCAGAGUCUUCAGAAACCUGUUGUCGAUUCGCGCCGAUUUUCCGGCGCGAGAGGAGAUCAUAGAUACUCGUCGACUCGAUGCGAUAUCGAAUAAGCUGUUGACCUAAGGAACCACAGAAAAGACUAUAGUAUAUUAUACUACAUGAUAUUAUAUUAAAUAUAUUUAAAAAGACACAAGUUGUUGUCAAAGAGUCCUUGUGGUGGGUAAUCGAAGAUAGAGGAAAAUUGACAUCAAGUCUUUAGGAUAUAAGGUUCUUGGGCAAAUUCAGUUAGAAUUUAUUCUGGAAAAAGUCUGAAGAAAUCUAUUCAGAAUGGCGAGUCGAAUGAAAGCUCUUUACAACCAAGUGGUCUUUGAGAGACGUGUUCUUCUUCUUUGCACUGUACUUGUUGGACUUUCAAUUUGUAUUUGGGCCAUAGCUAUCGGAACUGAUCAUUGGUUCACAGUUGAAUCUCCUACAUCAGACGGAGUCCCAAUGAAAGACAAAAAAGAUUCAUUGAUGCGACUUGUUAAAAAAAAUGUGGGCCUUUGGAGAACAUGUCUUAAAUACAGAAUACCGACCAAUGGCACCUCGGCUUUAAUGGAAACCUUGAGUGAGUGCAAACAUCAAGAUAUGUUUCCGACUGAACACGAGAUAAGAAGGGAUCCAGGACUGAAUAUUACAGUGCUCAAUUACUCGAGAACGGAAGUUUCAUUCGCUGUGAUCAGUAUGUUUGUGAUGAUAAUGGGUUUUGGAUUUUCUAUCUACACGUUCCGCAAUCCACGAUACAUGUUCAAACGACUAGCUGGUGGAAUCCAUUUUAUAACAGGUGCCUGUGUUAUGGUCGUCAUACAAGUGCUUCUUUCGUCCAUUGAAUAUCAAAAGCAUUUCAUGUUCGAAAUUCACCCACCGGAUGCGAUUACAUGUUACGGAUUUUCUCUGGUCCUGGCAUGGCUCGUCUUCAUCAUCAACUUGAUGUCAGGCUGUGCUUUCAUAAUCUUCUCCAAAAAAAGAAAACGUGACAAGGCUCCAACUGAAGAAAUUGCCAUGGCUGAUGAACCCACUAUCAUAGGGCGCUAAAAAUUGAUCAAGAUUGUUUAAUUACUAAAAAUAACCUAAAAUACGAGUAAAUAGGCCUGCGAUUUUAGAUCUCGAACUAGUUUUGAAAACGCUCGUAUUUUCUGCAAAAAAAAUAACUUGACGGUAGAGCUAAGAUGAAUAUUAAUGACUGAGAAUGUGGAAUUAUCAUUUAAAAUAAACUUCGCUAAAAUAGAGAGGUCAUUUAAAAUUGAUCUACAAUGUAGAUGUAAAAUCUAACUUCUUAAAAAGAAGAAUCUCAAAUUGAAAUAUGUUUACAUUAUUUUUUGGAAUUAGUCAGGAUUUGACUGUCAAUUAAUUUGAAUGAUGAUGGUAAAAUGAAAACAACUCUGCUCUUAGAACUAACAGAUAUGACACAGCUACCUUUUUCUUUUUUCAAGAAAAAAAGUGCCACGAAUUUUGAGACAUAUUCUCCUAAUAUAAUAUAAGUGAUAUCAAUAUCCUUUUUAUCCAACUCAAAAGUCUUAUAUAUAUACAUAUAUAUUCUAUUUUAAUGUUCCUUGACAUUUAAUUACGUAUAUUUCUACUUCUAGUCAUCUCUAGUCACUUCCAGUCAUCGAUUUCGGAAUUUCGAACUAUUAAAAUCUUCCAUUGCAAUUCACCUACAACCUUAAAAAAUGCGAUUCUUACCCUCCGCAAUCGUCUUAAAUAAUAAAUAAUUAAAUUUCAAAUACUGCGAUUAGAUUAUUUCAGGAUUUUUUGAAAUAUUUAUUAUUUCAAAUAGAAUUUGACACUGUUUUAAAUAUAUUUGCAAUCCAAAGCUGCUAAAUAUUUACGAUAUUAUUACAAGUCACGAAUAUUAUUUACAGAUUAUAAUUAGAUAAUCUAACUGAAGUUCGAACAAAUUUUCACUCUUGAAUUUUGGGACCUUUACAAUCCAUGAUUCAACGGGAAAUUAUAUAACAUUAUUUUUUCUGUUAACUAUUUUUAUUAUUAUCGACAUCACUUGUGGAAUACUAUUGUGUAAAAAUGAUUGAAUAUUAUAUUAAAAUGUAUAUUCACGCCAACUUUUAUCGAAUACUUUGUAACUAUUUAUAUAAGAAC